AUGGGAGAGAACUUUGAGGCAAGUCGCAUUCGCGUAGGCAUCUUGGGCGCCGGUAUCGCCGGCUGCUGCCUAGCUGUUGGUCUUCUCCAAAAGCCACUCUUGGACGUUCAGCUGUUUGAGAGAUAUUCAGACAUCCGAGUCCGCUGGUCCGGUCUUGCACCACAUGGAAACGCCAUCAGAGCCAUGGAUUUGAUCUCGCCCAAGAUCAAGCGGGCUUAUUUCAAGGAAUCACACUUCAUGGCUGGUGACGAGGACACGGAAAUGGCAAUACAGUUCAAAUUAGCCAGUGGUGAAUACGCUGGAGUACUUGAAGAAGACGUGGUUCCGCAUCAGCGCGUUCACUUCAGCAAGCGAGUCGCUAAAAUGGAGGAAGACCCUUUUGCACGGAAAAUCAUCGUUGCAUUCGAAUAUGGCACUCAAGAUGUGUUUGAUAUUGUUUUCGGUGCAGAAGGUGUCAACAGCCCGACGAGAAAGUUUAUUCUUGGGCCUGAUCAUCUAAGCGCAGCUUCAGUCAAUCACGACCAAUGGCGCCAGUUCCACACCACCGUCCCCAUGUCUGAAGCCAAAAUGGUCGUCCCUGUAGAGUCGGUCAACACAGUCAUUACGUACUGUACACCUUACGGGUUCAUCAACGCAAUCCCGCUUGACCUUGGCCAGACGUUCAGCGACUGGACUCUUCAAGACCAUGACCACGCGCCCUCCUACUAUAGAGGAAGGGUAGCCAUGGUCGAUGAUGCCGCCCACGGGACGCUUCCUCACUCUGGCAACGGCGCUGCACAAGCAAUUGAGGAUUGCUCGGUGCUCACCGGUAUAUUCUUGCGCUUGACAUCCCUGGACGAGGUUGAAGCCGUUUUCAAAGCCUAUGACCAAGUGCGAAUUCCCAGGAGUCAAAAGAUUGUAGAGAUUACGCGAAGUUACGGGCGACUUUAUAGCCGCGAUCCUCACGAAAUUGUCUUGGAUGAGAUGAAGGCCAAGAUGAGGGAAGGUGGGAUGUACAUCAACGGUGUGGACAUGGAGGCUCAAAUAGAGAGUGCUGUCGAUGCCUUUGAGAGAUUCAAAGUAAUUUAA